GUUACUUAAACACUACUAAUUAAUAUACUAUUGACCUUAACUCAAGCCAGAUUAUGAUUAUGAGCGUCUCAAGGUAAAUGGAACAGAUAAGAAUUUCACAAGUUAAAAAAAACACCGUUUUUGCCGUUGUUAACUUUCAGGAACAGGUGAAGGUCCCGUUUGGGACAAAAGUACUGGAUGCUGCUUUGUGUGUCCCAGCCUCAGUAAAAGAUGUCCAUACAGCUGUUGUACUCACACACGGAGCAGGGGGAGACAUGAACUACAAACAUCUGGUUUCUCUGGCACACACUUUAGCAUCAAAUGGUUUCAUCUGCCUUCGUUUUACGUGUAAAGGCUUAAAUCUGAGUUAUAGAGUUAAGGCGUAUUGUGCAGUGUGGGACUACUUGAAAUCAUAUCAGAAGUAUACAAUAAAACACACGUUUGUUGGAGGCAGGUCAUUGGGAUGUCGUGCUGCAGCAGCACUGGCCAGGCAGCUGAGUGAGGAGUCGAAGGAAGCAGCAGUGCAGGGAGUCAUCUGUCUCUCUUUCCCCCUGCAUCCUCCAGGACAGAGGCAUAUCCAUCACCAGCGGAGCGAAGAUCUCCGGAUGCUGCCUGAGUGCCUUCAUGUGCUGUUUGUGUCUGGCACUGAGGACAACAUGUGUGACAGGGAGCUUUUCAGUGGAGUACUGAAAGAUAUAAAAGCUCAGGCUGAAGUUUUAUGGAUAGCAGGAGGCAGCCAUGGACUGAAAGUGAAAGGAAGGUCUGAGGAUUCUGUGAUGGAUGAGAUCAACCUGAAAGUUAUCAACUGGAUAAAGAAAAUUGAGUUUAAGUGAAUCACUGGAGUCAUCUUGUUAUUAGUUUGUUUCAUUUUCUUGCAUUUGUUAAAUAAAACACAUUGUUUUUAUUACAACAAAUCUGUUGGUACAGUUUUUACUGGGUGUUAAAACUUUAUUAUGCAAGCAAAGUAUUCACGUUAAUUCAUUUUCUAAAUGUGUGCACAUUGCAAGAGCAGAGUUGCAAAUAUUGCAACAUUAAAAAAAAUAAGUAGCUCAAGCACGUGGGGAUG